GGACAUGGCUGCCUCCGGGAUCCAUCCAAAGAAGGUUCAAGAGCUGGCUUCCAUAACCGAAUAUGUGGAGCCAUUGAUGGAGUUGCUGGAAUCUCUGCCUUCAGAGGAGAGAGUUAUAUUGGUGGGUCACAGUUUGGGCGGUAUCUGCAUUUCCAUGGCCAUGGAAAUGUUCCCAAAUAAGAUUGCAGCUGCUGUCUUUGUAGCUGCUUUCAUGCCUUCUUCUCAAGAUCCAACCUUUAUGACUCGUAUCCAACAGCACAGGGAAAAAGUAUAUUCUAGCAUGGACUCGAAGAUCAUGUUUGAUGAGGAUGCCAAAAAUGAUAGUAAGCCCAAUGGGUGUAUGAUAUUUGGGCCCCAACACUUAGCAUCCAAUUUAUACCAACUGUGUCCACCUGAGGAUAUUAGCCUAGCAAUGUCAUUGCUUAGGCCAACAAGGCUGUAUGGGGACCAAGAAUUGGUGAGAGAGCAAACAAGAGUUACAAGGGAAAAGUAUGGGAGUGUGGCCAAAGUAUACAUAGUGUGCGAACAAGACCAAGCGAUCAAAAAGGAUGUUCAGUUGUCUAUGAUUGAAAAGAACCCAGAAACUGAUGUCAAAUUCAUUGUUGAUGCUGAUCACAUGCCUAUGUUCUCUAAACCACAAGAGCUUUUCUCUUGCCUUCACCACAUUGCAACCACCUAUUAUUAGCAUGCAUCUCAAUAUGUAUUACAAUUCACAAAUAUUUAACUAGCUUUUUCAGAAUGAUAAAGAAGAUAUAUAAAUAAGAGUUUAAUUUUGAUGCACUAGUAGUGUAAAACGUUUUACACAGUUCGUGCAAUCACAACCGUUCUCUUGGGUGACCAUUCACAUAGUCAAUGUAAAAGAUAAUUAUUUUUACUAACGUGACCUUAUGUGAUUGGAUGCA